CGGAGAUGCCGCCGCCGCCGCCUUUUGGUCCUGGACGGCCGCAGAGUCGCACGCGGGAUCCGUUUACGUUUGGCCCGCCCCCGCCGUUUACGCCGCCUGCGCCUACUUCUGCUUCGACUGCUGAUGCGGUAUCGACUUCGUUGGCGAGCUCUUCGUCGAGUUCUACUUCUACUUCUACAUCCACUUCCGCUUCGAGCUCAACUUCGACCACUGUUUGGUGGACGCCUUCCCAGACGGUCUGGUGGACACCCUCUCCCACGGUCUGGUGGACUCCGUCCUCGUCCGCUACUUCCAGCUCCUCGUUGGUCAGCGCCGUCUCAUCAUCCUCCUCGAGCUCGUCGACCUCGACCUCCACGUCGUCGACAUCAACAUCCAGCUCGUCGAAGGUGCAUCCCGUUCAAACUUUGACAGCAUCUGCGACAACCUCCCACAAACAGCGAACGAAGCCUUCAAAGACAACGCUCGAGACACUCGCCUCCUCGUCUUCCUCCUCCAGCACAACUAGCAGCUCAAGCAGCCAGUCCGCACCAGUAUCAUCCUCCUCCUUCACCGUCGACGCAGCCUCGACAAUCACCUCCGCCUCAGUCGCGCCCACUUCCGCCUCGGAGACGGCCAUCUACUCCUCCUCCUCAUGGGUCUACGAGAGCGCUUCAUCCGCCAUCCCGAGCUCCUCGACUGCCAACGCAGCCAGCGCGUCCAGCAAGUCCGCGCAACCUACUCGUGGAUCUCACUCGCAUCAAUGAACGUCGGAUGAAGAGAAGAUGAAAUUUACGAUUCUAACGUGUAUUGAUUUACUACGGCUUUUUGGACGAUUUACUCUGGGAUAGAAGAGCGAUAUGAUUACUACUGAUAUAUUACGAGCGUUCGGGCGAGGUGUUACAGGGCCAGCCCGGCUUAUGGAUGAUUUAUGGGAUAGAUUGCGGAUCUUGGACAUUACUCUGCGGAGUGGAAUAGAACGUACAGGUCUAGAUAAUGAAUAAUGUUAGAGAGAAUGAAUAUUCUCGUCUUGAUUCACA